AUGCAAGAAUCAACUGCGACCAAGAACUUAUUGAGGCAAUCCCAAACGACUACCCACCAAGGAACUUCCAAUACCUGGAUGGGAUACGACACUUCAUUAUCAGAAGAAAAGAAGAUGGAUACCCUGUGGCCAUCUUCAACAGUGAACGAGUCCGAGACCACAUUGAAAGAGACCCUCUUGGAUGGGAAACAGAAGGAAUGGAGGCCAACAUGGCAAUUGAUGAGUGGAACGCCCGUAACAGGAAUGGACCAAGAGACUAUUGGCUCUUCUACUUACCUUUCCUUACAGGACUCCUGUGGGGACACAAAAAGAUUGUCCGACAACAUGACGUCCGAUACGAACUUCGAGACCAUGAAAACAAACUUAGAUUCUCUUGUGACAUGGACGAUGUCCUCGAACACUGGAGCAACGUCCGAACCAGUCAAUGGUCACAUGAUGCACAACAACAUGUCGACGAGUUCCUGGAUUGUGCCCAAGGAGAAGGUGGGAAGACGACUACUUCCAAGCACUACAAGAAAGAAGUAG